AUGAGCACCAACUCUAGCGACUCCCUGUCUGCAGCUCCAAACGGUGUUGCUAUGACUUAUGCAAUACAUCCAGAGCGGGACAACAUUUUCCGUGCUUCAGCAGUGUCCAGCGAAUUCCUCAAAGCGAAAAAGAAGUGUAUCAUCGUCAAGUGUACGCAGUGCCACACGAUAAUGGAAAGACCUUUGAAAUGCGCAAAGUGUAAGAGCGUCUGGUAUUGCUCAAAGGAGUGCCAAAAGAAAAAUUGGUCCAAGCACAAGCCGACGUGCCACGAAGAUGAACGCUCAUCUGGGCUACUCAAACUUGUACAAAUGAUCACUGUCAACCCAGUGCUCAUGGCGUGUCUCCAGAUUGGUGUCAUCUUCGAGUGUGGCCUGCUUGACAAUCCCCGACUCGGAUUUGACAAACCAUUCUUGGGGACUGUACAUAUUGCUAUUGAGCCGAGCAACGUGCUUAACUUUGGUGGAUUGUAUGUCAAUGCCACGAACAUUGAGGAGAAGCUUGAAGGGAUGGUGCAAGUCAAUGGCAUCACCGCGUGGCAGCCAGGCUCAAGAAUGCAGAAUCCCCUUUCACCAAUGCGACUAAACAUGUGGUGCGAGGCUCGAGCAAGGUGUAAUGCAAAAGGUUUUGCUAAGGAUCCUGUUGGACUCAUAGAGUUCACCGGUCAUAAGAGUGUUGAAGACUCAGGGAACUCAAUGACUGCCGAGUUGCACAUCCCCAAUAUUGCCCUUGCCGGCGUGAUGACAGGAGAACCCUUCACAUUUUUCACUGCUAUGACGGACAUUCAGACCAAGGCACCCAUGAGUACUGCAACGAGCCUACGGUUUAUCAACUCGCACAUUCGGGCGGACACGCAGAACCAGUUGGGUUUAAGGACUGAGAUGACAGAGAAAGACAAGGAAGUUAUUCGGGCUGCAGGUCGCAAGGAGGACAGCUUUCCCGUUCGUCUCCUCAAAGAGAAAAUGCAAAGAGAACCCAUUUAUGCCAAUUUCUUGCAACUGACGCAGUAAAUAGUUACCCUUGAGUGCUCUUGAGUGCAUAUGUACAUUUGAUGAUUUCUCGCAAGCC